AUGUCUGAAGAUCAGUUCCAAGUAACUCGUGCCAAGAUUCAAGGCGAAAAGCUAGCUAGCGAAUCAGUUGAACAGGCGGCAAAAGCAGGUAGCCCAAAGCUCUGGGAUAUUAUCGCCGAAAAAGCAAAACAAGGCUUAUUUGAUGAUCACACCGUAUUCAAAGCACUCGUUGAGGCUAUGAGUAUCAAAGCCGAGCGUCUCUCUCAUGGGCAUAGUUUGACUGGAAUUGUCUAUCGAUCAGAGCUGGAUAACUGGUUAAUUACUGCUGGUGCAUAUAGUAGUAGAGUAGUAUCUUUGUUCAGGGAUAAUUUUGCUGGUAGAUCACUCCGAAGCCAGCGAGAAGAACGCUACCAGUACUCAUUUGCUGACGAAGUCCCAAAUCUGAAUUGGGCUUUGUUAACCAAGUUUCCAUCCAAUGAUGAGAUAACUUGUGCUCUAAGGAUUGCGCGUUUGGAAGCAGAUGGUUUGCGAGAAUUUGUUGGAAAUAACAUUCCACACAAUCCGAAGUCUUCUACAGCACAUACUCAGCACAUGAACCCAGCACUCUGGAAUCAGGUUCCCGAGCCAAUAUAUGACGACAUCUCCACCAGCAUUGAUCACGAUUAUCAAGAAACCAAUACUCCAUCACUCACAGUUGCAGAGGCUCUCGCAACAGCAGCCGAACUUCAUGCAAAAAAUCAAGUAGCCAAUUCGAUUGUUGGCCAGCUCUCUCAGGAUAUUGAAGAGAAGAUAUACUCAACUUUCCAACUUCCGAUAUUGCCAAGUUCUCGGAUUCAAUCAACAUAUCCUGAGAUCAAAAAAUAUCAAUCUAUACGAUCUCGACUGAUAAAUUCCAGCUCAACAUUGGACUGUGAAAACCUGGUGAAACUCCGAUACAAACACAACAGCAUGGUUUCUUGUCAUCAGGGCAAUGAGCGGACAAAAAACAAACCUUCUGAUUUCCCAGCACGUACUGUAGAUAGCACCACUGUAGACACCGAUAUGAAACCGAGUCAGUGUUCCAAGAUGUUAUCGAUGUUGUAUCAAGAAAAUUGCAUACAAGUCGAACUUCUUCGUCGUCACAAACGUUGGAAUAUGACCGCAAAGGUUCAAGCGGCGGAUAUCAUACGUACAGUUGGCUCAAAGAUACCGGUUGACACUAAUGAAUGGCUCAGCAGUGGACGACUCAGCGAGCGAAACCCACUCAAGCGACAUAAGUGGGUGAUCAUAAUAAAAGAUAGUACCUUAUACAUUGGCCGAAUCUUAGGCAUAUACAAGAACUCCAAUCAAAAACAUAGUGUAGUUGACACCACUACAAGUCCAUCAAAUCUAUCCUUUAUCUCAGUGGUGAUGGGCAGAUACGAACAUGCUGCAAUUGAAGUGUCCUGGGACCCAAAUCAUCAAAAUUCAUAUUAUUAUGUUCAUAUCUCUCCCAACCGCGUGGCUCACAUCUUUCAAGAAAGUAAAGACGAAGAAUUCAAGUUUGUACAACCCGUACAUCACUCUAUCUCUCCAAAAGUCCAGAAGAUUCUGAAGUCGAUCAACAUCAGCAAAUGGACUUUGUCUUUUGAAAAGACGCUCUCGGCACUAAAAGCAGCCGAAAAAAAAUCUCUUGCUUGA